AUGAUGCCUCGUUCCAAAAGCGCAAAUGACAGUAACAUCACGACAAAGUGCAGAUGUGGUAUUGUGGCUUACCGGGCUAUAACUAAGGUCGAACUUUUGUCUGCUAUAUCUGGAGGCUCUGAUGUUGGAGGCUCUGAUGUUGGAGGCUCUGAUGUUGGGAAGGCAGCUGUUGCAGUGCCCAUCCCUCAUAUGUGCUCUCAACAAUCUGUUGAUUUUGCACAGAUUUUGAUAAGUUACAAACAACCAAAACCCUCCAACGUCGGAGUGAUUAAGCUGGCUCCAGUCACGUUUGGGGCUUCGCCCAUUGACCCAGCUCUACAUCGAACCUCACCGUCACGGACUCGGGACCUCCCAAAUUUCGAGUCUGCAUCCGCCUCCUCCCUGCUACCCUCUGCCAGUCAUCUAUCCCGUCCAUCAUCACCUUCAACAGAGUCGUCAAGCCCAAAUUUGCGUCCACAACACCAAUCCAAACGUGACAGGAAUCUCAGCUACUCGGCUUCUCUUCCUGGCCUCUCGACGCUAGCAUCAGUUGCAUCUGCCCCAAGUUCUCAUUUACGCGCCUACGAGACGAAGGACAGGGCUAGCAGCAACCAGAAUGCCAGCCGGAACAUGAGUUAUGCAACCUCUUCGCCAGGAGCCACCACCGGGGGUCAAGGGAAUACUCCGGUAAGUGCAAUCCAUGAGAUGUUCUCCCAAUUCCUGCUACACAAUGUGGCUCCGCUUGCCAACGGCCAUUUUCCGCGAAUUGCCUGUUUAGGCAUGGCCCAGAUCUGGGCUUGGCAGCCAUCUUCCCAAUAA